UGUCCCGGUGCUGCCAUUAAAAUAGCUUACCUUGCCGAGGAUCGUUUUACAAAAAAUUUUGUACGAAAUAGAACCAAAGUUAUUUACAACACGGCAAUGGGCAAGAUAUUUAGUGUGGACAAAUAUGCCGAUAGUUUAAAUCGUAUCGCUAAAGAACGCGAUAUUCAAGUUAAUCUUCAAACUGAGCUAACUGAAAUACAUAGUGAUAAACAUGAAGCGGUGUUCAAAGACAUAAAAACCGGUGAAUCCAAAGUCUUCAACUAUAAUUUAUUACAUGUAGUUCCACCAAUGGGCCCACCUUCAUUUAUCGCUGAAUCAAAGAUUGGAAAUGCUGCCGGAUGGGUAGAUGUUGAUAAAUAUACUUUACAACAUGUAAAAUAUCCAAACAUUUUUUCACUCGGUGACUCUUCCUCUGCUCCAACUUCGAAAACUGCUGCUGCAAUUUCUGUUCAAUCUGGUGUGUUGAAAAAGAAUUUACUAGCUGCUAUUAAUGGAAAUUUCGAUCCGUCUCUUGCUGCAAAAUAUGAUGGAUAUGCUAGCUGUCCUUUACUUGUUGGAAGAGAUAAAUUGGUUUUAGCGGAAUUUAGUGGAUAUACUUUGAAACCAAUGGAAACUUUUCCUUUUGACCAAGGUGUGGAACGAAAAUCAAUGUAUUAUCUCACAAAAGAA